AUGUAUCCGCGAUACAGCGUCGGUGUCCUGACCACCGCCUUGGUGGUGGUUGGCUUGUAUAUGCUGUUUCAAGGUGACGGUGAAGCUUUUAAUGUCGGCCGCUUCUUGGAAGAAGUAUCUCCCUACGCCUGGGCAAACAUCGGCAUUGCAAUGUGCUGUGGAUGUUCCGUGGUUGGUGCUGCAUGGGGAAUCUUCCUCACAGGUUCUUCGAUCAUUGGUGGUGGUGUGCGGGCUCCUCGUAUCUGUACAAAGAACUUGAUGUCCAUCAUCUUCUGUGAAGUCGUCGCCAUCUACGGUCUCAUCGUUGCGAUCAUCUACUCGGCCAAGCUUGCUCCAGUUCCCGACAGCGAACUCUAUACCCAAAGCAACUACUACACCGGCUACGCUCUGUUCUGGGGAGGCAUUACGGUCGGUAUGUGCAACAUGAUCUGUGGUGUUUCAGUCGGUAUGAACGGUAGUGGUGCUGCUCUGGCAGAUGCCACCGAUCCCAGUCUCUUUGUUCGCAUUCUCAUUAUCGAGAUUUUCAGCUCUGUUCUGGGUCUGUUCGGCUUCAUUGUCGGUCUUCUCGUGGGUGGUAAGGCCCUGGACAUUGGUGCCAUGUAA